ACGCCUUCUGGGCCACGCAAGAAACUUCGAUCUCUUUCGUUUACCGUUUGUCAGAAGUCAACGUGAACAAAAUUCUGAUUGUUGCGCCGCAACAAGUUGAUCUCUCGCGUCAAUUUUUUUUUUUUUUUUUUAUCUCCGCACCGUUCGGUUUUUCGCGGACACCGAUCGAAAUCCGAAAUUCUCUCUCGCCUCCCCCCAAAAUGUCGCCAUUUGCAUGUCUUUCUUCUGUUUGCUAUGUGCGUGAGAUACUACCCCGUGAUAUUCUUAUCGAGAGCGUAACGUAUAUCUUCUUUCUGUUCCGAUAGGCGACCAGUCAUUCAACGUUUCUCUUUACAAACGUUACGCUCGGUUGAUUACGCGACUCGGGCGUAGACCUUGUUUCGGAAUUGGAGCGACAGGUUCCCUUUGUAAUAAUUAUCUCAGCUGCCGGUAUUGUAACGGGACUGAAAGAUGGCAGAUACGAGCCAACCACUGAGCGAGCCACAUACAAACGGAGUGGUGGACGGUUUGACGGAAGAAGAAAAAAGCAAAAUAAGACCCGCCGAUAUAGAUGCGGACAUGAGAGAAAUGGAAAGGAGAAAGAGAGUCGAGAUGAUGAUGAACUCGCGAAUCUUCCGGGAAGAACUGGAACGUAUAAUUGAGACACAGAUGAAGGACGGUGCUGGACCCUCCGGUCUUCUGCAACAGAUCUCUGAUAUGAUGGGUGCACAGGGGGCUCGAUUCAACGGCAAUGUAUUUAAAAAUUCGAAUUGCGUCUUACCUAUCAACGAUAUUCGCGGCGUGGAAAGCAUGGGAUACGCCAAGGGCGAGAAAUUGUUGCGGUGCAAGUUGGCGGCGGUCUUCAGAUUACUCGAUCUGUACGGAUGGACGCAAGGCGUGGGCGGACAAAUUACCGCCCGUCUCAAUCAGGAUCAGGAACACUUUUUGGUGAAUCCUUACGGUUUACUUUACCAUGAGGUCACCGCGUCGAGCCUGAUAAAAGUCGAUAUGCAGGGCACAGUUGUCGAGCAAGGAACAACGAACUUCGGUGUGCACAUCACGAGUUUUCAAUUACACUCGACGAUACACGCCGCAAGACCCGAUAUCAAGUGUAUUAUUCACAUUACUACUCCGUCCGUCACCGCUAUCUCUUCCUUGAAAUCUGGAUUAUUACCAAUCGGUCAGGAGAGUAUAGUGAUAGGCGAAGUGAGCACUCAUCAGUACAUAGGCGGUUCCGUCGAGCCCGAGGAACGAGAGAAAAUCGCUAGAAAUCUCGGACCGAUGAAUAAAGUUAUGCUUUUGACGAAUCGCGGCGCUCUCUGCUGCGGAGAGACCGUGGAGGAAGCGUUCUUUAACGUUUACAAUACAGUGGUUGCAUGCGAGACGCAGUUGAAGCUGAUGCCAGUGGGUAUAGAUAACUUGAAUCUUAUCAGCGACGAAUCGAAGAAGGCUAUAUUUGAGGCUUCGCGAAAGCCACCCAUUCCCCAACAACAAAGCUCAGUGGAAUCGUCCACUCUCGCGGAAAAACUUGAGAAGCGUUGGAGAAUUGGCGGCACUGAGUUCGAAGCUCUCAUGAGGAUGCUCGACAAUGCUGGAUUCCGUACGGGCUACAUAUAUAGAAAUCCGCUUGUAAAGGGAGAACUUCCCAAGCCGCGAAACGACGUUGAAGUUCCACCAGCUGUAUCUUCUCUAGGAUAUUUACUCGAGGAAGAAGAAUUGUACAAACAAGGAUUCUGGAAAGGCGGACGCAAAGGCACAGACAGAUCUCGUUGGUUAAAUUCGCCAAAUGUUUAUCAAAAGGUCGAGAUUCUGGAAACUGGAACACCUGAUCCUAAAAAGAUUACUAAGUGGGUAUCUGACGGAUCUCCUACUCAUAACAGCACACCAGUGAAGAUAGACAGUGCUCUUCAGUUUGUGCCGAAAAACACCAAUCCAAAGGAAUUCAAACAGAUACAACAACAGAUUAAAGAUUACCGACGAGCAGAAAAGAUAUCGGCUGGUCCGCAAUCUCACAUACUAGAGGGAGUUUCAUGGGAGGAAGCUAAGAAAAUGCAGGAUGCGACAAUUAGUGGUACGGGAGAACAAGUAGUCUUAGUAGGAGCCGCUAGCAAAGGUAUUAUACAGCGAGGUUUUCAACACAAUGCGAUGGUGUACAAGACACCCUAUGCCAAAAAUCCUUUCGACGCCGUCACGGAUCAAGAACUGGACCAAUAUAAGAGAGAGAUCGAACGCAAACAAAAAGGAGAUCCUUACGAUGAAUCACAAUCAGAAUCCGAGGCUUUGUCGUCCUUUAACAUCAGUCGUGCGACGCAUGAAUCCAGCACUGCCAAGAGUCCUAUUCAAUCACCGGUUUCUGUUACUUCAGAAACAGAGGAGGAGAGUAGAGACGAACCCCGAGUAUUACGAAUAGAAACGAAACAAGUGCCUGCGCCAAGUCAACCCGAAGUUGUCUUAAGUGACGUGGAAGGUGCUACUACACAGUUCCUUAAUGAGUUGCGUUACAGUGCGAGCGAACAACUGCGAAGCGGUUACAAGGAAGAUUACGAAUUGUCCAGCAAUUGCAGCAGCGUGAACGGCAAGUGUGUGCCAACGUAUUGUGGUCGACCGGUUUCCGAACAACUUUACGAUAAUCUUCAUUUGGAGAACGUUAGAGUCUCGACAACUGCCGAACGAAAAAAACCGUUUUUGAUUACGCGCUCAAAAACGCAAAUCGCCAGAAACGGGCCAGACAUCGAGACGCGAUCGAAAGCCAAGAACUCGUACUACGAGGCAAAACGAAAAUUUUUCGAGGAUCUUGGACGACAGAAUAAUUCACGAACAGAAUCAGCCUCGAAGAGAAAAGCAGCGAAUGUUAACAGCAAAAAGGAUACGUCCGAGCGAAGUUUGAGAGUGAAUCUAAACAAAGAACUGUCCGAUAAUUCUACGGAAAUAAACGACUCACAUCUAACAAAAACGAACACGAUUAAAAAACACAUCGGGAAUCGCGAUGUAUGUGAGUCGCGUACAAACGAUAUCGAGGAAUAUUCUGUGAAAUUGAAGAAUACAGCGCAACCGAAUUACGUUAAAAGAGUUAACGUGGAGAAGACAAAAUCAAAUUCCGAGGACAUUACAGCCAGUAAUGACGACAGUCAACUUGAAAAAGAGAUGGAAAAAACUGAAAAUCGUAAAUCGAUCGAACAAGUAUCUUCUACAGAAAAUAAAUCUUCGGAAAUUAAAGAGAACAACGACAGCUCCAACUCUUCUGAUUCGUUUGAUAAAGGCGAGGAAAGACAUCAGCAACAUCGCGUAUCAACGUCAACGAAGACAGAAAUAACACGCGCGCACAAUUGUGCUAAUAAUGAGAACGAGAGCAAGAGAAGAAGCUUCCGAUCAUCAAGCGACUUAUCUUCCAAUAAGUAUUCCAGUAAUGAUCGCCAAAGCGGCAAAGAUGAAAAAAAAUCGACGAAUGGAGAAACAAACGAUGCCUACGUGACGCGUAUCGAGCAGAAGAAACAGAACGUUCGUUCGUGGGUCGAAAAUUCAGUAUGCAAGAAGUGGCCGAACAACAAAGACGUCGAUCCGUACGAGUCGUAUUGCAAUGACAUCGCGAAAAUCGUCGAGAGUAUCGACAUGAAUAUCGCUUCGUCGAGAACGGAAUUGGACACGUUGCCCGACACGGAUCCUUGCGUUAAGUACAAUCUGGACUCGACGAAUAUGAGUAUCAUCUACAGCUUAACUCCGCCAGCGGUUGUCGAGCAAGAGGACAGCAACGACGACACCUCGCACGAUUUAGCGGAACGCUCGUGGCAGUCGGAUUCGACGAAAAACGAUGACGACGUUGGCGGCGAUUACAUAUGGAUUGACGAAAAACAGAUCGCGACGAAAGCAGAUUGUGAGAAAACCACGCGAGAUACCGUGACGUCGAGCGACAGCAGCUACGAGUGGGAACAGCUCGAAUUCGAGAAGCACUCGGCGAGCGGCUCGGACAUACUCGAAUUACCGAGUUGCACGAUUCGCGAGCUGAAGGAUAUCGACGGCGAGGUGUUUCAGAGCGGAAUCAAUGAGUCCGCGAACGAAAUAAUCGCCGAUUUGAAUAUUUCCGACAAAGAGUUACCGUCGCGCGACUCUCUUGAAAUCGCGCGUUGCAUCCUCACUGAGAUCAUCGACUCCGUUUGCGUUCUGUUGCAUCUGGAUUCGUGUAUCAACGACCUUUGUGAAUUGAGAACAUUUUUACGUUGCCUAAUCGACAGCUACUGCUGCGAUUGCAUGUUCAUCGAAUCCGACGAUCAUCAAACAUACAUGUUGGAUAUUUCUGCAAUGGGAAACGAUGUCAAUAACAUCUGUCGGCUCAAGGAUUUUCUGGGAAGUUCGUUGCCGGAUUUUCGCUCCAACGAUGAACGAGCAAAGACGCGGGAGAAAAAAGAUCGAAACUCCUCGGCUGUAAUUGAGUUUUGCACUAUAGCGAAAGAAUCGCCAACGAUUAUCACCACCAGCGACGGAGCUUUGGAACUGAACUUUUGCAUCGUCAAAGUCCCCUCGAACGAACGUGCCGAUACGUAUCGAGCACCCGGUCAGAACUCGAUCGAUAACGGUUGCGAGUACGGGACCAAUAAAAUUCUCCGUAAAAAAAAGUGCAACGAUAACACAGCUUCAACAAAAUUAUUUGAUACGUGGCCGUGCGAUGGAUGUUGUUGUCAGGAGGUACAAGAAGACGAAGAAGAGAAUUCGAUAAUAGAAAGUCGUUUAACGCCCAUAAACGAGGAACCGGAUGAAAUACACGAGACAAUCGAUUCCUUUUUACUCACUUCAGAAGCUAAUAACAACACAUCACCGUAUCGUUCAGAAGUCGAUCUUGCCAGUGCUGACGCAGAGAAUAUAGUGACUUCUGCGAAAACAAAACCCAUUUCUCUCGACGAUACCUAUACGAUUUCCGAAGGCGGUUCCGCCGACAACGAUGACGCGCACGAUACGGAAGAACGGUGCGACAUUUGGAAUUCGUCCGUAGAUUACAUGUCGUAUUCGUUUGACACUAAAGAGUUCAUAAGUUUGGAGAAAGCCAUAACGGACAGCUCGUAAUUGAACGCGUAAUAAUUAUGCGUCUCGUAUAAAAUAUUCUAAUAUACAAUAUGUUGAGUAAUUUUAUCUUUUCGGGAUCACCGAAGUUUUCUCACUUGAGAAAUUCGCAACUUAUUUUGAUGAUCGAUUUAGCAACAUCAUACAUAAAAGCCGUUUUAUCAGUUAUUCUAUCUGCAAAACAAUAUUUUUUGCUCGAGGCUUUAAUUAAUAUUUGUGUUUGAAAAUCAUCGUGUAAAAAUGUGUUUAUAUUUUUAUACGGAUCAAUUGUUACGCGUGAUUUUACUCCCCAACACAUCGAUUUUCCGUGUAUUCGAGAUAAGAAAAGACUUAUUCUUUCAUAGAAAUCAGUGAAGAAUAUGCAUAAAUGUUAGAUUUAACGAUCCGCGUUAUUUUUUCUCUCUUUCUUUCUCUUUUUAUUUUAGUAAUUUCUUUUCUUUUUUUUAAUAAUUGUACGUCAUUUCUUUAUGCACGAACAAAACAUUCUUUUGCAUCAAUUUAACAUAUAUCCACAUGUAACAAGAAAGACUUGACAAUUUCAUGCUAUGCAUUAGUAUUUAUAAAAAUAUUUAGUUUUUCUUUAAGAGUUAAGUUUGUUAUUUUGUUUCUUUUUUUUUUCAUGAUUGUUAACUUGAUAUAAAACAUUUAUUUAACGAUUACGUUGCUGCGUGCAAUGUUAGUUUUAAUGCUUUGGUUUGUUUUCCUGCUUUUUCAUCAUUUUUAAUCAAAUGAUAGCAGACUUAAUUAAUAAGUUAUAUACAUAUAAAAGUAGGAUCUGCUUAAGGACAAAGUAUUCUUUAUUUAAUCGCUACUGCAACAUCAUCUCUAUAUCACAAAAAAAAGAGAUCGGGUUUGAUUGUCUUUUGUUCAUGUCGAGCGGAUAAUUAUUCUUUUUUUUCUUUCUCUCUUUGCUUCGACUUUUAUUGUUUGCGCUUUUUUUUCACUGCAAUCAAGCCGAACCUGAUUCGCGGUUGUUCUCAAGCGGGUCCUACUGUAUAAUUGUUUUCAUUCAAUGUUAUUGUAUAUCUCUAAAGCGAAGUUAAUAAUUCUUAAUUUGUAAAUGUUCACACGUUUCUCUAUCUCACACACAAUUUUUAAAUGUUAAUAUACUUCUGUCUACUACACCGCAAUUUUGGAAAUACGUUUUAUGGUUAUAAAAGUUUGCACAUGUAA